AUGUUCAAGCCUUCGCAAUGUUUACAAGCGCGUUUGCGCUUGACCACAAAACAAGUGAACGGGGGUUACUACAAAGGUAAUCGCACCGGUUCUAUGGGUUUUUUCGCGCCCCAGAAGGGCAAAUAUGUGAUCAAUUGGACCAAAGUACGAACAUAUGUUGUACCCGAGACCCUCUCGGAAUUCAAGCUUACCCCCUUCGUAACCCGGCGGAUGGAGCCAACCCGUAACGCCUUUACAAAAAUACUCCAAGCGAAGAGCGGUAGAGAAGUAGUCGUACCGAGAGCAUAUACCGGUAAAGACUUCCUGCAAGAAUGGGUGGAAGAGAACGACGAGGAGGUGGUGGAGCUUCGACGACGCGAGGAAGAAUUGGGCGAACAAUCUGAACCGUCGACCGAAGAAACGAUCAGAAUCGAGCGAUGA